AUGCGCGCAUGUCCCUCGGCAUGUGUAGUCUCGUCUCCUGCCCUCUUCAGUGUAAAUUUAAUUUCACCUUCAUAUCGCAACGUCCCUUAUCGCAAUUUCUCUAUCGCAACUGUAAAGAUGAAUGUUUUGCUCUAUUUGCUCUUAUCUUGCGCUGGUCACUGUGUCGUCCUGGACAUCCAGGGUGCAGAUCCCGGCGUCUUUGACUCCCAGGAGCAGCUGGUCGGGGGGGUCAAGGUGACUGAGUUCUCGGCCAGAGCAGGCGGCGGAUUGGCUACAGACGCCUCAGCUGUGGUUGGAGAGGACGCCAUCACUAAAGUCGUCUCUGGAGAUGCUCACGUCUGGAAGACCAACGGACCCAUCUGCAACAAGGUCUGGGCCUUUUCCACAGGUUCAGCUGUUGAUUUCCUACGUCUGGAACUCGAUAGUGAAACUCAGGGUAAACUCUACGUCCACUACGAGUUGGAGGAGGGCGUCUUUGUGCCAAUCGCACUUGAGCAGUUUGAAAAGAAGGUGGGCGCCGCUGGACAGAUUGCAGUCACAGUCGACAUUUCUCAGUCCGUUGAAGCCGCUCACAACCUGAAUGCACGCAGGGAAGCUUCCUUGAGGACGUCAAAGAGCGUCAUCGAUGGAGUAGUCCUUGAAGAGUACUACCCAAAGAGAGGAUUCCGCCUCGCAAAGAUCGUGGACGGAGAUGAUGUACUCUUCAGGUCUGAGGUCUCUGGCUGCGCAGCCCUCACUGUCGCCAGCUUCAACGGAGAGAAGAAGUUGGCAUCACUCUACAUCCCAGGAGAAAAGGUAAAAGAUGCCAACUUCUUGCACCUCGAAAAGGGCGAGAAUGGAUGGCAACAGGUGGAUUUCAAGGCAUACCAGCAGAGGUACCAGGAACUCAAGAAGACCAUCCCCAAGGUAGGCUCUUUUGAACUUGAUUUGGCAAACCCAGACCUCUCUGUCGCCCAUGUGAAUGAAGUCAAGGACGGAAAGCUGGACGUCAGAGUUAGCUUCCCACUCCCAGGAUGCCUGGUUGACAGGGUCAAGCAUGGCGACAGUGUGCUCUGGGCAGCCAAGAAGGGAGAAAGGUACAUUGGCGCCAUGGCCACUGCCGGCGGUCUCAAGAAGGCCGUCGUCCUCUCCUUUAAGGACGCUAGUGAAAACCAGAGAGAAUUGUUCUUUUUGGAACAAGAAGGAGAAUUGACUGGAUGCACCAAGGAGGAAUUCGAAGCAUUUAUGAAGGAAGUUGCCCCAAACAUGACGGAACUUCCAAUGGUAUAGAGCGGUGCCUUGUUGGUGUAGCCACGUCAAGCGACAGUUACAUGUAUGCUAUAAAGAAUGAGUGACCAUUGGUUACAGCAAGGUCUAGCCUCUCGGUAUUACUACUGCCUGUAAUAAAUGGUCAUUUUCAAAGGUAAAAAUAAGCACAUUACAAUAAGGAUAGACGAAGCAAAGACAGUCUGAAUUAGGGAAUUGAAAUCUCCCGAUUUACACAUGUAAAAGUAUUCUAACAAAACUAAAGACAUAAGUAGCAAAAAACGAUUAUGAACAAGGGGAGCUAGAGUUGCAAGUUUGCAAAAUCUUUACUGCACUGGAAGCUUGAAGAUUUGAGAGACAAAUCUG